AUGCCGCUGGAUGAUGUCCCCAGCCCACCCGCGCCCUUCUCCUCGCAAAAACACCACGCGGGAUUUGUCCCGUGGGAGAGCGGGAAGCGGCCGUUCGAGCGGCUGCCCGCCGACGUGUCCCCCCUCAACUACGGGCUCUGCCUCAAGCCGGACCUCAUCGACUUCACCUUCGAGGGCAAGCUAGAGGCCGCCGUGCAGGUAAAAAAUGCAACCAACCAAAUCGUGAUGAACUGCGCCGACAUCGACAUCAUCACCGCGUCCUACGCCCCGGAAGGAGACGAAGAGGUUCACGCCACAGGGUUCAACUAUCAGAACGAGGAUGAAAAGGUCACCCUGUCCUUCCCCAGUACCCUGCAGAAAGGGACAGGGACACUAAAGAUAGACUUUGUAGGGGAGCUGAAUGACAAAAUGAAAGGAUUUUACCGGAGUAAAUACAGCACGCCCAGCGGAGACACGCGCUACGCUGCGGUCACCCAGUUCGAGGUUGCUGCUAAAACUCUGCCUUUUUAUAAGGAUUACUUCAAUGUUCCUUACCCUCUUCCUAAAAUUGAUCUCAUAGCUAUUGCAGACUUUGCUGCUGGUGCCAUGGAGAACUGGGGCCUUGUUACUUAUAGGGAGACUGCGUUGCUCAUCGACCCCAAAAAUUCCUGCUCCUCGUCGCGCCAGUGGGUGGCUCUGGUGGUGGGACACGAACUGGCUCACCAGUGGUUUGGGAACCUCGUCACCAUGGAAUGGUGGACUCACCUGUGGCUGAACGAGGGCUUUGCCUCGUGGAUCGAGUACCUGUGCGUGGAUCACUGCUUCCCUGAGUACGACAUCUGGACCCAGUUCGUGUCUGCUGACUACACACGAGCCCAGGAGCUCGAUGCCUUAGACAACAGCCACCCCAUCGAGGUCAGUGUGGGCCAUCCCUCAGAGGUGGAUGAAAUAUUUGAUGCCAUUUCCUACAGCAAGGGAGCCUCUGUGAUCCGGAUGCUGCACGACUACAUCGGGGAUGAGGAUUUUCGGAAAGGAAUGAACCUGUACCUGACCAAGUUCCAGCAGAGGAAUGCUGCCACAGAGGAUCUCUGGGAAAGCCUGGAAAAAGCCAGUGGCAAACCCAUUGCUGCUGUGAUGAACACGUGGACCAAACAAAUGGGAUUUCCACUUAUUUAUGUGGAGGCUGAGCAGCAAGAAGAUGACAAAGUGUUGAAGUUGGUCCAGAAGAAAUUCUGUGCCAGUGGACCAUAUACUGGGGAGGAUUUCCCCAUGUGGAUGGUGCCCAUCAGUAUUUGCACGAGUGAGGACCCCAGCAGUGCCAAAAUGCAGAUUUUGAUGGACAAACCGGAGCUCACCGUGGUGUUAAAGGACACCAAACCAGAGCAGUGGGUCAAGCUGAACCUGGGCACGGUGGGGUUUUACCGCACCCAGUACAGCCCGGCCAUGCUCGAGAGCCUCAUCCCGGCCAUCAAGGACCUGUCCCUGCCCCCCGUGGACAGGCUGGGGCUGCAGAACGACCUCUUCUCCCUGGUGAGCCCCGGGAUGGGGCAGAAUCCACUGGGAAAUGGGGCAGAAUCCACUGGGAAUGGGGAGAAUCCACUGGGAAUGGGGGAGAAUCCACUGGGAUUGGGGGAGAAUCCACUGGGAAUGGGGGAGAAUCCACUGGCGACGCUGGAAGAGGCCCGGCGCCGGUUCAAGGAGCACGUGGAAGGGAAGCACAUCCUCUCCGCUGACCUGAGGAGUCCUGUCUACGUGACUGUGCUGAAGCACGGCGACAGCUCCACUCUGGACACCAUGCUGAAGCUGCACAAGCAGGCCGACAUGCAGGAGGAGAAGAACCGGAUCGAGCGCGUCCUCGGAGCCAUCUCCCAGCCAGAGCUGAUCCAAAAAGUUCUCACCUUUGCACUUUCGGAAGAGGUACGUCCCCAGGACACGGUGUCAGUGAUUGGAGGAGUGGCUGGAGGCAGCAAGCAGGGCAGGAAAGCUGCUUGGAAAUUCGUAAGGGACAACUGGGAGGAGCUUUAUAAUCGAUACCAGGGUGGAUUCUUAAUAUCCAGAUUAAUAAAGCUGACAGUGGAUGGAUUUGCAAACGAUAAAAUGGCUGCAGAAGUGAAGGUAAGAAGAUUUAAUUAAGGAAUUUAUUAAUUAGUCACUGAUAAACUUGGGGUGUUCUGGCUGGAAGAGUCAAAUCCUGGUGGAUUUUGUUGUUCUGUCCCCAAAGUGACCCUUUUUAGGUUGGAUAAAAUAUCACAGAAAUGCCUUAAAUCAGCGUUUUGGGAGGAAUCUGGAAUUUCCACUGAUUUCUGCUUCAUUCAUUUCAACUUUGAUAAAAUCCAGCAGAGUUUGGCAGCAGCUUUGAGCCUCCCCAGAAAAAGAAAACUUUGAAAUAUUCAGAUUUAUUCCCACUUCCAUCACUGGUCGAGCUCUGAGGGUGGGUGUGGGAUUCAUUUUUCAUUUGUUCCCCACAUUUUUCCGAGAACAUCCUGGAAGAAGAAACUUUAAAAUAGGGCUGUUAAUUUGUUAAUUAGAGCUUUCCUGUUAGGAAAACACUCAGAAGGAAUUUUUAUUCCAAGGGUCAGCUGAGCCCUGAGCUGUCUUUGUCCUUUUUUUAUCAUUUUGUGACUUUUCUUAGCUAAGAUUUAAUACCAAAAAUAAUUUUACAGAGAAUUUUGCAUUAGAAUUAAACUUUUUAAAAUUUUUUUUUGCAAAACACUGAGCAGGAAAAUCUAAUUAAAAAUUAAAACCAGCUCUUUUCAAAGAGAAUUCCCAAGCUUUUAGUGAAGAAUUCCCUGUGGCUGAGCCUCCUCACCUUGCAGGGUGUGAGGUGAUCUGACAAAUCCUGGGAAAAUGAUUUUCCCAGGAAAAUGGAAAUGCUUGGAGGGAGGCUGGGAUAACUCCUGUCCCAGGAAAAUGUCACAGCAGCCCCGGGAAGGGCUCCAGGAGGAAAUGGGAGAGUGCCCAGCCAGCCUGGCCUGGGGUCACUGUCCAUCCAUCCCUGGGGUCACUGUCCAUCCAUCCCUGGGGUCACUGU